ACCGCGUACUAUUUGACGGGCGAACUCGAGAACCGGACAUCAGAAAUAGACGAACGAACUCUCGUGCCACCUCAGCGGGGAGGGCGACAAGAUUAGGGCCAUUCGAGCGAGAGCGGCAUAAUCAUUCGUCAUUACGAAAGGUGAGUACAGCGCGUGCAGGUCGGGAUGGAGUCAAGUAUAGCAAGACGCGCCGAUAGAGCAGAAAGAGAAGGAAAAGGGAGGGGAAAAGAAAAACGUACAGGUACACGUAGCCUAUCGCGGACAGAAAACAUCAACACAGACGCAGUAGACUCAAAAGCGAACGAUAACUCACUUCAAAGACAUGCCGAGUCGGUCAGACGGGGGGCAGAUAGGCCUCAGGUAGCAGACAAACGACGCAAUUCUAAAGGGGGAUACGUCAGUCACAGCCCAGCGGUCCAAAGCAGAGAUGGAUUCACAAAUCAAGCCAGUAGUAGAGGCAACCGCUCUCGGCAAGCACGCACCCCCAAGCAUCAUCAUCAAGCACCAACACGCCUAAGCACCAACACAUACGACCGCACGACCUAGAUCUAAUACUCAACCGCAUCGUCCUCGUCCGUGCGCAUCUGCGCCGACAUCUGCUCCUCCUUCGCUUUCGCCUUCUGCUGCCGCUCCUUCUCUUCCUCGUCUUU